CCGGUCCUGGUAGGAAUUACUUUUAAACUGACGUUGUCAAAUUGUAAAAUCUAGAAGUUAUGAUCUGGGCAGGAGAUUAAACGUAAUUUAUGCAUGUUUCUACUAUGGUGUUUGGUAGCUGGACAAAGGAGGAAGACAUCUUGCUUUCGGUCAAAUGAAGAGAAAAACCUGAAGCUGCAAUCAAGUCUACCAUGACAGAUAAAAAAGAGUUUGUGAUAGAAGAGCCAACAUCUAGAAGGCUGGAUGAAGAAACCAAACAGUUACAAACAAUUCAAGUAAGAAGCGUCAGCGAUGGCUGGACAUUCAGCAUUUGAUGAUGGUGACCUAGAGAAACCUUAUUUCCAUGGCAGAACGCCCCCUGGACCUGCAUUGCCAUUUAAACUGUUUGAUAAAGGUGACUAUAUACCAUUCACAAUAAACAGAUACUUGAGAGAUUAUCAGAGAGAAGGAACCAAGUUCAUUUAUCGACACUAUGUACAAAGACAAGGAUGCAUCCUUGGAGAUGAUAUGGGACUUGGAAAAACUGUUCAGGUCAUUUCCUUUUUGGCAGCAGCUUUACAGAAAACGGGAACAAGAGAGGAUAUUGAAAACAACAUGCCAGAAUUCUUGCUGAAAACAGUGAACAAAAGGCUACCUUCAGUGAGUGGCAAGAUGUUUCUUGUGGUGGCUCCACUGUCUGUGCUGUACAACUGGAAGGAUGAACUGGACACCUGGGGACACUUUAAGGUUGCCAUUUUACACGGUAAUAAAAAAGAAAAUGAAAUCAGCCGUAUCAGACGAGGCAAAGUUGAGGUUGCCUUAACAACUUAUGAUACACUUCGACUGUGUAUUGAUGAAAUUAACAGCAUUGUGUGGUCUGCUAUUAUCGUGGAUGAAGUUCAUAAGCUCAAGAACCCCAAGUCACAGAUAACAAAAGUGAUGAAAUCUUUAAAGUGCAAAAUUCGCAUUGGUCUUACUGGAACAAUUCUUCAGAAUAAUAUGGAAGAACUUUGGUGUGUUGUGGACUGGGCUGUGCCUGGAUGUUUGGGCAACAAAAAUCAAUUUAACGAUGAAUUCGCAACUCCACUGGAACGUGGACAGAGACACACAGCAACCAAGAGAGAACUUGCUACUGGUAGAAAAGUUAUGAAAAAUCUUGCAAAGAAAAUGUCUGUGUUCUUUCUGCGGCGUACCAAAGCUCUUAUUAGUGGUCAGCUGCCAAAGAAGGAAGACAGAGUAGUUUACUGCUCAAUGACAGAAUUCCAGAAACUUGUUUAUCGAGCAGUUUUGGAAACUGAAGAUGUAUCCUUGGUGCUGCAUGGUUGGAAGCCGUGUAAAUGUAGUAGUGGAAAAAGAAGAAAAGAAUGUUGCUAUAAGACCAACUGUUAUGGGACUACUGUACGGCAGCUGUACUUCAGUUAUUUGGCAAUCCUUCGAAAAGUAGCUAACCAUGUUGCACUUCUACAGCCAGAUGAGAGCAUGAGCAAGCUACAGGAUUCUAAUAUAAGGCGAGUCUGUGAGCAGGUGUUCUCAAAGUUUCCAGAUUUCGUACAGCAAAGCAAAGAUGCUUCAUUUGAAACCAUUUCUGAUCCCAAGUACAGUGGAAAGAUGAAGGUCCUUCAGCGCCUUUUAGAUCAUUGCAGAAACAACAGAGACAAGGUUCUUCUUUUCUCCUUCUCAACCAAGCUUUUGGAUGUGCUUGAGAGGUACUGCAUGGCAAGUGGUUUAGAUUACCGCCGGCUGGAUGGGAACACAAAAACAGAAGAUCGGGUGAAAAUAGUGAAGGAAUUUAAUAUCAGCCAUGAUGUUAACAUUUGUUUGGUAUCCACAAUGGCUGGUGGAUUAGGGCUGAAUUUUGUUGGAGCCAAUGUUGUCAUUCUUUUUGACCCAACGUGGAACCCAGCAAAUGACCUUCAGGCAAUUGACAGGGCUUAUAGGAUUGGGCAGUGCAGGGAUGUCAGAGUAUUCAGACUGAUUUCCUUGGGUACUGUGGAAGAAAUAAUUUAUUUGCGUCAACUUUAUAAACAGCAAUUGCAGUAUGUGGCAGUUGAAAGUGAAAAUGCUAAGCGAUACUUUGUGGCAAUGCAAGGCAUGAAGGGACAUACAGGAGAGCUCUUCGGCAUUCACAACGUGUUCAGAUUUAGGAAUGAAGGAUCGUGCCUAACCAAAGAUAUUAUUGAGCGAGAAGGCCGUGUGGAAGCAGGAGUGGUGACAACUAAGACGUGUUUAAAAGAAGAAUCUCCAACACCCAGGCCUGAAAAAACUUUAGAUACAGAUUGCGAAAAUGUGGAAGAAGAGCGUAAACUUCAAGAUGAACUAGAAAAAAAAAAUCUAAUGGAUAGAAAAGAAGCUGCAUUAAUGUUUGACUUCAGCAGUGACAGUGAAGAUGAACCUGGAGGUGUAACUACUGCUAAAGAGAAAAUGAAUAAAAGUCGCAUUUCAGUAAAAGAUGUUAAUGCUAACUCUCGAGGGCAACUUACACUGCUUCAAUGUGGGUUUUCAAGACUACUUGAGGCAAAGAAAGGAUCAGAAAUUGAAUGCAGUGAUAGUGAUGGCCUUUCUGAUGAACCAUCUUCUGAUGAGUCUGACACCGAAAUUUCUGAGGACUGUUCUCUUUUAAAUAAAACAAAUAAUCAUAAAGGUAAAACCUCAGGGCAACAAGGAGCGCCACAAUUUCCCUAUUACAUAGAUAAAGAAGGGCAUGAACCAAAAGCAUCCGAACACAACAUUUCUGCUUAUGGCAGCUCUAAGGAAAUGGCAAGAACAGUAGAGAGACAAAGGGAGAAGCCCAUUUCUGAGAAUGUUAAUUUCAUUGCAAGAGCUAGUAGAUCAGAUGACAGUGAUGUUAUUUUCCCUGCUCAGACAUCAACUUUGAAGAAAAAUGUAUUUGACAGAAAUGAAGCAAAGUGCGUCCCCCCUUCAAAAUUUUCUGAGGACUCUGAUAAUGAAAGGUAUACAACCAUUUCUGCUAAAACUAAUUGUUAUUCUAGGUCUUCUAAAGGGCUUUACGGUAAUAAGGCAACUUUAAAAUCAGUUAGAGGCAAACCACUGAGCCCUAAUGAAAAUCUGCAUUCUGACAGUCAAGAUGGAUUUAGUGAUGAGUCUGAUGAUGUUGAGUUUAAUACAGUAAGGCAUACUAGGGAAAACAUUACAGAUGGUAGAAUUAAAGGGAAAGGUAUCCCUUUUAAGAGCCUUGACAGGCACAAAGAAAGUAGAGUAAAAAGUCAUAAUCGUCAUAACCUGGAGAGAGAAUCUCAGAGCAUUGGUAAUUUUUCUUCAUCAGAAGAUGAACUUCCCACAAAGAAGUUUAAGUCUAGUAAAAGGUUUAAACACACAAGAGAUAGAAAGUACAGCAGACUACAGCUUGAUGAAGAAAACAGAAGCAGCAGCAGACAAGAAGCCAGAACCUCUAAUCUGAAAACUGUUCCAGUUCAUACAGCAGAUGCUAAGGAGAAAAAUGUUAAUCAAGAGAACAGCAUUGGAUCCAUGGACAAAUUUCUAGAUGGUGUGCAGGAGGUAGCAUACAUUCAUUCUAACCAGCGUGUGGUUGGCUCAAGCAAGGCUGAAAACCAUUUGAGUAAGAGUGCAGUGCACCAUGUCUUUAAAUUGAACCAGUUUUCCCAAUUACCUGCUAAUGCAGCCAUCUACAACAGCGAGGUAUCAGCGGAAAGUGAUGAUCAAGCUGACAGAACAUCGCAGAAGGAAAGUAAACGCCAAAGUCAGCAUUUAUUUCAUGUUACACAUCCUGUAACACAGACAGAGAAGUCAGUUCACCAAGCAGAUCAGACUAUGUUUUUCAUAGGAGAAACACCAAAAGGAAUCCGCAGGAAAGAAUUGACCAGAAUGAUGUCUUAUUUCAAUUUGACUACAUUGGAAGAUCUCGCCAAAUAUAUUGUGGAAGCUACAUCAGAAACUAGAAAGUCAAUGCUCAGAAAUUUUUAUGGUACUCAAUAUCCAGAAUUAAAAGAAGUUCUUAGUGUCAAAGCUCCGCCCUUACCAGAAGAAAAGCCUCCACCCUUACCGGGAGAAAAGCCUUCACCCUUGCCUAAAGAAGAGCAUACCACUCUUAAGAAAUCCAUGUUACAAUCCACCAAAAAAAACACGCAUAAAAGUAACUUUACAUGCAAGUCAUUGGCAGAGCAAAGUUUUAAGGAGGGAACUUCUAAUCUCUCCAGAGAAGUGAAAAAAUCACAAGUAACAUGUUUCAAAAAUAACUCCACAGUAGAUUCUCACAGUGUCCCAGGAAGCCUUACUUCAGCAUCACAGAAUAAGGAAGAAUCUUACAAAGGUUUGUGUAGCAGUUCAACUAGGAGGAUCAGUGUAAGAUUUGAAAAUACCACAAACCCUCUAGUAUCUGAAGAUGAAGCAACAGUAACAACAGAAGAAUUUUCUAAUAAUGAACCUAAUAUUAAAGCAAACCUUUUUAGCACACAUUCACAGCAAAACUGUGAGGUCCAACCAGGUGUUGAAAGCAUCAGGAAGAAAGAUUCUAAAGCAGAUAGCAUUAGUGAGCUUCUUGGGGAUACAUCCAUACUUAAUGAUUUUUUUAAAAGAAAGAAGAACACUGACAUUUCGUUUACAAGGGAAUAUUGCUCCGAGCCUGUGGUGAAGGCAAAACACAGAACAAAAGAUUUUUGGGAUAUUUUGAAUGAGGGUGAUGAGGACAGCGUUAGCAAGCUUGUGGACUUAUCUGAAGUUGAGAAAAUAUGUGAUAGUACCUCUCAGUCUUUUCUGAAAAAUAAAGAUUUGAACAAUUCUUUAUGGAAAAGGAAUGAAAGAUUUUUGUGGAAAAAUGUUAGUCUAGAAGAUGAACUGCAAGAAGCAACACCUGAUAUUUUUGAUUCUGAGCUUUGGAAGCCAAACCCCAAGAGUCAGUAUAAGUAAUUCAUGUGCACUUUUCCAAGUAUUCAAAUGUGUAGCUUUUAUCUGUACAAGUGGUAAAUGGUGGAUAGACCUGAGGUGGGAUAGUCAUGGUUGCUUCUUUCCCCUUAAAGUUCCAUUGUAUUCUCAGUGAUACAGAUAAUAUGUCAUAAUGAGAAAGUCACUGUUCAAAUAGUGCACAUCUGUUAUGGUAAUUUGCAUUUUCAUCCUUUAACGGCAUACCUGACUAAACUAGAAAUUGUACACACCAUUUUCCUGGAAAGAAUCAGUGGCUUUAUAUUUCAUAUCAUUAGUCUGAUGUCACCAUUAAUGUGGAACUGUUUCAUGAUUUAUUCAUCUGAAAGACUGAUAUUCCUAAACUAACAUUUGCAAAAGAUGUUGAACCACUUUUUCAUAUUACCUUGCGGUAGCAGGUGGUGGACAAAGCCUUUUACCACACAUACAUGCAUAAAGAGGUACUUUAACAAAAGCUCUUCUGAAACUUUAGUGCUUGGAUGUACUUGGGUUUAUAUUUAUAUGCAACAGUUUAUACUGCAGCAAUCACAGGCAGAAAUACACUAAUGACUCGUCAUUUUCUUCCAUCCCAUGAUUCUGGUGAAGUAUCAUAAGUCAUGGAUUUUGACUUUAUCGUGACACUGGGGUUUGUUGAUAUGUACAUUAUUUAAUAUAAUAUCCAGUCCUUUCUACUGAUGAUGAAUCAGGCCUUUUUACUGAUAAUACCAUCCUUUUUACUGAUGAUUGUCCUCUGUUACAUUUUAAAACGUGGCCACUUUUUGUAAGUGUAGUCGUAUUUGUAAGAUAUUAAGCAGUUAUCCAUGUAAAAUGCAUUUUUGGCGAUCUGAAGGAUAAACAUUUAUGAAUGUGGCAUUCACUCCACAAGUUACUGUUACAACAAGUCUAAGCUGACUGUAAAAUGCUUUUCAGAUGGAUGAUGAUUGUGUCAAAUUUCUGAAGGAUGACGUCCUAAAGUAAUAACAGUGAACAGCCUGAAACGGUUAUUGAAGGUACUGAUGUGAAGAAGAUGCAUUUUGCAAAAUAUUUUUCAUGUAUAAUUAAGGCAGUAUUUUAUUAUUUUAAAUGCACAUAGUCAUUUGUUAUAUGAAGGCAAGCAGACUUCUAGAUGUAUUUCCCCAUUGACUUAACAAUAUUCCUUAUUUGAAUUUUGAUGCUAGUGGAGCAUGUUUCUCUAUUUUGUUAUCCAGCACAUAGUCAUUUGAAUGCUCUGCAGGUUGAUUAUAUUUUUAAGUCUGUUGCCCAGGAAGUAAUGCUAUGCCAGAGUGUGUAUUUUUGUACUGUAUGAUCUAAUGAUGUCAGUUUUCAUUCAUCCUCAACUAAUGGGUCGGAUCCAGUCCUCAGAUUCAUCUCAGCUGUUACACUAGCGUGUGGCAUCUAACCAACUCUGAAGCUCCUUCCCUACCCGUAAUGCACCACCUCUAACAUCCCUUAGAUCUCGUUUGCCACUGUAGUACCUGGAUGUGGUCAUCUUCACCUCUCAAGCUUCAAAUGGGAGAUAAGUAUUUCUUUAUUAUUUUUUCCUUAUCUCAUUCUUGUUUAAAAAUUGUAAUCUUAUCUCCUUCACUCCCUUGUAGCUGUUUUUUUAUAUAUUUUGUUAUUAAUACCAGUUUCCUUCCCUUUUUCUUAGUCUUCUUUAAUGGUGUCGUUAUUAACGUAACUUCUUCCAUCUGUAAUUUUUUAUUCCAUUUUUCAUAUGACAAGCAUGGCUUUAACAUGUCUUUUUUUAAACACCCACACUCUUCCGCCAAAUGCCUAGUUAUGACGUUUCUACAGUAAAGCUGCUUUUUCUGUGGUGGACUCCACCUUUGCACUCUACCACACAAAAACAGGAAAUACAUUCAAAAUAAUUUUUUGUGUGUAUGCAGUGUUAUGGGAUUUCAGUCUCCCAAAUACUAAGUAUGACCCUACAGAAGGUUGAAAUUUUGAGUGUCUGACGAGAUGGAGAGAGAGAGAGAGAAUGUCUUCAUCAUUAAUCCAAUCCAGUUAUGGAGGUGUUGGAUCCUAAGUCUGUUGUGAUGUGACCCGCUUCCAUUCAUACCCAUCAGCUGCCCAGAUGCUUUUGGUUCAUGUUUUUAUUUACUCUGUUUCUCAUCUGGCAAAUCACUCAGAUGAUGUGACAAUUGAAACACUGUACAAUGACAUACAUUUGAGCUUCAGACUUCAAACCCUUCAGAGAAUGUAUUUUCAAACAGACCAUGUUACUCUAUCUUCACCAAGAUGAUUAUGUCGGAUCACAUAUGUGCCUGGGUUCUUUGCCAAAGACACAGAUAUUGUGGUUCCCUUUUCUGGUCCAUCCUGGUGGAUCCGAGCAUUCACAGUCAUCUAGUUCUGAUCAACAGUCUGCUUUCUCCUUAGAUCUGAACUUAAGUCUGACUACUUAGACUACACAUUGUUGCAGACUAAAGUCAAAAUAAAGUUACUCCCACCUGUUCUUCGGGUUGUCCUUCCUUCCUGUUACUUCUCUUCCUCAGGUCCAGUGUGUUUGUAUCCUUCUAGGAUCCAGUCAUUUGGGAUCCUGAGUUAUCCUUACCUGUCUUGUUGCAUCUUAUCGGAUCCUGGACCUCGGAUCUGAUAGGUAAGUUUUUGGUUCAAGAGAGGGUUGGAACACUACUGCUCACGUGCCCAGUUUUUCACAGAAUGUCCAUAUAUUUGCCAUAUAUUUUUAAUCUGUCCUUCGUACAAUUUGUGUUUUUUUGGCAAAUCAUUGAGGACUGGUAUCAGUAAAUGACAGUCAUUUGAGUUUAAACCUCAUAUCCUUUAGAAAAUGCAUUUUAAUUCAAAACUUUUAUCCUAUAGUACAGUAUUUGAAAUGCGUCCCUAAUUUUGGACCUUUGUCCAGAUUUCUUGUGUGAAGGGGUUAGCAGCUAUUCUGCAAAGAUUUCGGAUCUGUUCACUUCGGAUUGGGGGUUUUGGAGCCGACUUUCAGAUCUUGGUCCUCCUUGAAUCAGGCAGACAUGACUGUUGUCACAUCCGAGGGAUUCAGCUGUUGUCCUUUAGUCAUAUCCUGAACCUAAAAUUAGACGAAUGGAGUCCUUGCUCCAGAUAUGGUUACGAACAUUUCAUCCAGCAUCCUUCAGAUGCUGGGUUACCCUCGGAUCUGAGGAGUUUGGAUACUGCCGGAUCCAAGGAAUUCGACUUUUGUCUCGUCUUCAGUACAUGGGCCUUAAGAUCUGAUUGUUGCCUCAUCUUCUGUAUUUGGGCCUUAGGAUCCAACAAGCAGACAAAAAAAAGGAGAGAGAAUUGGAAGUUUUCUGAUUUUGAUUGCUGCGAAUCUGAAACCUUUAGCUGCCUUCCUCAAAUCCGGGUUUUUUUUAACUUGCGUCUCACAGCUCAGAUCACAUUGUGAUUUAUCCCUGGCCUUCUGGGUCUUGUAUGGAUCCUGAAUCUUUGGAUCCAGUGGAUUUGAGUUACAGCAUAAGACAUAUUCUGAGACGUAUCUGUCCUUCCCUUCUCACUCAACCCCCUUGUAAGUAUGUGCAUGGAGGAUAUGCACAUUGCGCAGGACUGGGAUCCAGAAGGCAAUCUUGCUGGCCACACCAGUGGGAAGGAAUGUUGCAUACCGUGAAUGGCAGCCGCUAUAAAAAGGCUAGGGGAGAAACUAGUAGAGCACACUUCCACUGUCUCUCCUUCGGGUAGAGUGUCUGGGAUGGCAAACAGAUUUAUAGCGUGUGUUUAUGCUUUGGCAAAUUUUGCUCUCAGAUCACUAAAUUGGCUGACACACUUGCAGGGCUACGGGGGGAUCUGGUUGGGGAACUGUCCAGGUCUCUGGUGUUAAUCCCACUGAGGCUCAACCUUCAAUAGUCUUUUCAUCUGGCUGCCCUUCAAGCUAUAUCAGUUUCAUCUAUGAGGCUUGUCUCACACAGUUCAGAAGGCUCCUCAAGAGCUGUGUUUUCAGAUAUCUCCACAGGAGGUAUGCCUGAAUGCGUGUGUGUGUGUGUGUUUCUUUGAGCCCUUUAACUCUUGAUAUCAAGGAUCUCUUUUAGGAGUCUUUCUGGUUACCUUCACAAAAUAAGACACACUGUCAUGAUGAGACAGACAAAAACAUCCUCCCCCUUAGUGACCAUGUGUGCCUCAGGAAAUCUUAAGUUAUCUAUUCUAGGACACCUGUAGAGGUAGUUUUCCCUGACGCAGAGGGAAACAAUAAUGGUAGAUGAUGCCCUGGCCCACAAACCAGGGGGGGGGGUCUAGAGAUUCUCUCCAACAGACCUUUUCAUUGCUUUCAACAAGAGGCCCAGUUGUCUGAUCUAACCGAAUAUUUGAAGAGAGAGAUGAAUUCAGAGAAUUAUCACAGGUUUCCUACCUCCUCAGUCUUUCAGAAAAUUCUUAGAUGUUCUACCAGGUCAAAUGGGAGAAGUAGCACUGAAAAGUGUAAAAGCUGGUAGGAAAUGAAUUCACCCUAAAGGUCCCACCAGACCAUUUCUGAUCAGGAGCUUGGGCUCCUGGGAGUGCACAGGACCAGAGGCUAAUGUUAGACUUUUGUGUGUUUUGAACAAGUCAGUUUGUCGCACUGUUUUCUGUAUGUUCAUGAUUCACUUAGGCCUGCUCCUUCCGAACAAGGACAGUUGGUUGUAAUCCAUGGUUCUUCAGGAUAUGCGCUGUCACGUAGACACAACCGCACAAUCCAGGGGUGAUUUCUGCUUCCAGUUGGAAACCAGUUUUCGUCAGUUCAGAGUGCUCCCCCUUGACUUAUCUAUAGCCCCAGGAGGCUUAUCAGAAAUAUGGCAGUGUUAACAGUUCACUUGAGAAUAAAAGUUGUCAGGGUUCUUUCCAUAUCCAGACAAUGUGUUAAAAUCACCCCAGACAUUAGAAUUAAUAUGAGCAGUGUUCAACCGAACUUCUAUGAUAGUGUUUUUUCCCUUUUUGAAAAAUACAGUCAAUUAAGAAGCAAGUCAGUGAUAUAAUUUGCAGUACCAAAAUUUUCCAAACCAUUCGAUUCUACUAGCAUUGAGAUUAUUAUUAUCAGCAAUGAUUGUAGUUUCUUUAGCAAGAUUCCACCAAAGAAUUCUUCAAAGGAUGUUAGUAUCUCACUGUUCAAUACUUUCUCAGCCUUUUUCAGAGUAAUCAAAAUAACCCAGGUAUGCAAACAAUUCCUUUCCUGGUGUGAGCGAUUAUAAUUAUUUUUACUAGGUUGUCCUUUCAUCUUUCUUGACCCACCACCAUAGUGCUCACGAAUGCUUCCAACAUUAGGUAGGGAGAUCCUUUUUGGGGGGAAACAAUUCAACACACAUGUCCCUAAAGAGGUCAAUCAGCACAUCACUGUCUUGGUAAUGAGACCACUGUGGUGAUACAAGUGUUCAGAGACUCUAUAAAGUUAGCAUGUCAGUAGUUCCAUAUAUCAACAAACUAGAGGGAAUCCAACUUCACCCCCUGUGUCAAAAAUGCUAUGCGAAUGUGUAAUAGACAACAUCCUCAAUCCUUUUUCUAGUAGCAAAACAUGUUCCUGUGGUAACAGACAGACUGAGCAGAUUAUUUUUACUACCUCGUGAGUGGUUUCUCUACAACAGUGUGAUGGAAAUGAUUUUUAGGUAGGUAGGUAGGGUCAGCUUGGCUGCGAUCCUUCUUAUAUCCCACCUCAAUGACAAGAGCAGUAACUACUUGACAGUGAUCCCACCCCCCACCAGGGGAAUGACCUAGAGACUCACUACUCCACAGUUACCCCCCAAGAGUUCUGCAUGUUUUCAUACAACUUCCCUAAUUCUCAAAUUCCUUUAGUAAAAAGGGUGGUGAAAGAACAUGAUAAUCCUCGAUGGAUCCUAUUGGCCUCGUCAAACUGUUUCCCUUUUUGGUCAGUGUGCAAAGUCAUGCUCAUUACACCUUACUGGCCUUCACCAGUAUAGUUCCCCAUCCAUUGGCCUACAUCCACGAUAAUCUCCUCCGAUUUUUAAUCCAGAUCUGGACCUUCUAUCUCACCCAACGGGCAUACUCCACCUGAAUAUCUGGAAUCUCUAACUAACAAUGUGGUUUCUCCAGUUCCACCAUUCUUUCUGUACCUUUAUCUUCCCAUUAAUUUUUCACUAGGAAACUCUUAAGUAGUAAAUAGAGAAGGCUUUUUAUGGGGUAAAUCAGAACUAGAUAGAUCCUUUCUCUCAGCGCUAACUCAUUGUGUUUUUGGAUUUUUGGCAAGCCUCUUUAUGAGGGUGCUAGUUUAUUAGUUCUUAAGCUCAUACACAAACUGUGAAAAUUAUUUUUAGACUGUAUCCAUCUGCUGAAAAUUCCCCUAUGCAGAUCCCAUUACACCACUGGAUUUAAAUUUGUUACUACAAACCUUGAUAUAUUUCCUGUUUGAACCUGCAUCCAGCUGUGACUUACCAAAAAGUAUAUAUAUGUGUGUGUGUGUGUGUGUGUGUGUGU